AUCCGAGCUCGCAGCCGUGUGGGCUGGAGCGAGCUAUAUAAGCGGCGAGCCGGGGCGCCGCGGGGCACACGGCGACAGCAGCGGCGGCGAGCGCCUGGAAGCGCAGCGCAGCAGAUCACCGGAGCCCCGCGACGGGCCCUCCCUCCCGUCCUCCCGAGGAGCGCCGGCCCGGGCCCGCAAGGGCCGCCGCCACCCCGCAGCAGAUUUGGAUCCCCCGCCUGGCGAACCCCCGGCUGCUGCCUCCCGGGGGUCCCCGGCGCAGCGGCCGCCCCCCGAGAGCCCCGGCCUCCCGCAGCCCGGCCCCGAAGACGCCGGCAGCGCCAUGGCGGCCGCCAAGCCCGGCGAGCUGAUGGGCAUCUGCUCCAGCUACCAGGCGGUGAUGCCCCACUUCGUGUGCCUGGCCGACGAGUUUCCGCAGCCCGUGCGACCCGCCAAGCUGUCCAAGGGCAAGGGCCGGCUGCGGCGGCCGCGCCAGUCUCGCUUCAAGACGCAGCCGGUGACCUUCGACGAGAUCCAGGAGGUAGAGGAGGAAGGGGUGUCCCCCAUGGAGGAGGAGAAGGCCAAGAAGUCGUUCCUGCAGAGCCUGGAGUGCCUGCGCCGCAGCACGCAGAGCCUGUCGCUGCAGAGGGAGCAGCUUAGCAGCUGCAAACUGAGAAACAGCCUGGACUCCAGCGACUCCGACUCGGCCCUGUGAGGGGCGCCGCCCGCAGUGGGGACUCGCGCGCCGCCGUGACCAGCCCGGAGACCAGCGUGCGAACCCCGGGGACCCCAGGGACCGGGAACCGCCACCCUUUGCGCUUGGGACUCCCGCCCGGCUAUGAACUGGUCCGGCGCCCCGCGCCGCGUUCGCCGUGGACCGGAGCACACGCGGGGCACCGGGAGGGGGACUGCUUUCUUUGCCCUUGUAAAUGUUUAUUUUUUAACUCUUCCCAAUACGAACUCUGCUGUGAGUGUGUGCGGAGGGGCGCGCCCGCGCUGAGUCGAACCCGGGUCGCCAGGGCUUCCUGAAGAGCCGCUCCACUCCCUCGUCCGAUGGUAUGCAACUCCGAUUUUGCACACCGCUCCACCGUGCUCCCCGGCGCACGCCCGUUCACACUCACGCCAACACACUCUCGCUGAACACUUUUAUAAUUGUUAGGCGCAGCUGAUCGGACUUGGGGGACAGCGCAGCUGUUGCUGCGGCCGGAGGAUUGAUAUUUAUUUUUGCAUUGUGAUAGCUGACGGCGUUUAUUUAUCUUUUUACGUAAAUAUGUCUGUGGGGCUCCUGAUCGGAGACAAAUAAAUUCAAUAUAUUUCCACAGUG